ACACACAGGCACGACUGAAUUGGAAACUGGACUCGGCCGUAUAAACAUUGCGGUACGGCGGUGAGGUUCGGGCGGAGGAGAAGGAGAGUUUGUCAAGUUUUGCGAAUUUUCCGAGGAGCCCGAGGCGCCCGCGAUUCGCAGGUCGCGCGACGAGAAACGGUCGUCUCAAAGCGGUACAGCACGCUCCGCGCGAGGGGGAGGGGGGGGGGACACUCGCAAUCAGGGUGAAAACGAUUGAGAGACGCGACGCCCGUCCGCGAUCAUCUGAGACGUUGGCGUCUGACAGGUUAGCGUCAAGAGGAUUCGCAGUGUAGAUUCGUCCGUGCGGUAACCGAGCGAUACCCUGGAGCCACGAGACCCUGUCGUAGACGCACAGCCCGGUACAUCCCAAAUGACAAAUACCAUGGGCGGAGCGCAUCUGUGUACGCCGCCGUCCAUCAUUCAGCAGAUGAUGAACCAACAGAAUCCACAGCAGCAACCGAUUGGAUUUUAUAUGCACACGCCGCAAGUACCGCCGAUUACCUUUCCAUGGAGCGUACCAGCGUUGCAGCAGGAAUUGGUUAGAUUCACCGGCGAGACCAGUUCCGGACCGAUCGUUCAUCAGAAGAGGAAAUUGGAAGCGGCGGACGUUGUAGAUAUGCAUCAGACGAAGCAGUUUAUAACCGAAGAGAAAAUAGCUGCACACUUCAAAGAUCUGCACAUCAGUUCCAAUUACGAAUCCGAGAACCAGACGCCAUCGACUUCCACUGUUCACGCGUCAUCUUCCCGUCGUAGUCAGUUAGACAUGGACGUCGAUGUAACGAACACAAUAAACGCCGAACAAACGAGCGAACUACAUCCAAGAUUGGUCCUCUCAGAGGAACUCAAGCGAAUGCAAGAGGAACCUAUUCUGCCAUCAACCCUUAUAUCUAAAUUAGAGAGGCCUUCUAUGGCUCUGGUCCUGUGGGAACCACCAAAUAGGCAUCUUCGUAUCUUGCCAACGAGAGAUACUCCAACGCCAAUCCCAAACACGUCUGAUGACAAUAACAAUAAUAACAAUAAUAAUAACAAUGACACUAUUCCCGAUCUAAAUAACAUAUUGUCCAAUGCCACAUCAGCGUUUGAGCCAAUGGAAUUAUGAGAAUCUUUGGUUAGUGCAGCUUACUUCCUCUUCAUAUACACUAAAAACAAAAAGAGAUAUAAAUAUAAUACUUUGAAUUGGAAAACAGUUCCAAUACUCUGAAAGGAUGUAAAGUAGAUUAGGAUAAGAAAUAAUAUGUUCUGCGGUUUCUUCUAUUAUAUAUAUAAUAAUCGUUUGUGUGAUGCUGCAUUUGUAUCAGUUUGAAAUCUCUGUUAUGUUAUUUCCAUUCAACAUGCAUGGACUUUAUGUCAUUUCAUGGUACUUUAUUAUAAUUUUGCUAUGUGAGUAUGGUAUGGCUUUUCCUUUAUUGCAUGUAGUCCUUAUUGUGCAUUAUGUCGUUAUAAUUUCUUAUUUAUAUCAUUUAGUGUGUAAUAAAUUUAUAAGAGAAA